AUGUUCAACUAUAUCUUAAAGCGACUCCAUGCAAAUUCGAGUGCUUCUCCCUCUUGCCUACGGUCACAUGGAGGCCUCACAACUUGUAGUUCUGAUUGCCGAUUGGUGGGGCGUGUCGGAGGAGGCUUGCCCUCACAGAAGGAAGGAAUCGUCUGCUACAACUCAACAGCACCGAAAUUCCACGCGCAACCGCUGGGCUGUCUAGCGUCCAUCUGCCCAAGAUCAUUAGUAGGCCUUGGGAUUUCCCCCACCCCUCCCCCCCACGUCACCCUUUCUCAAGGAGGCCGUGACAACCAGACUAAUGAGAGAAAUGAAUUACACGCAAAUGGACAAGAAAAUGUGGGUCAGGCUCUCCGUCCGGACAACUCAACUUAUCCUCAAGACCACUGUUGCACUCAUUACGGACGUGAUGAUGAAAAUAAGGAUUUUGCUCAUCUUAAUGUUGCUGCUGCUGCUACUGGUGAUGAUGAUGAUAAUGAUAAUGAUAACGAUGAUGAUGGUGAUGGUGAUGAUGAUGAUACUAGCCACGAUGAUACGAGUGCAGAUUUUGUUUCAGCAUCACGUGAUAAGUAA